CUUGGAAACUUUUUAGGGCCGGCAGUUGGUUUAAGUCCUGUUGACUAUCUACUAAUAUCAAUUGCUAUCUAGAAUUCUACCAUUCAUCUCCCGUUCUUCAACAUUUAUUAUACCCCUUCUCAACACCCCCUACCGCGUCUUCGACACUUCCAGCGGACCGCCUGGCUUGCUGGCAGAUAUCGCAAUAUACCGCCACCUCCCGAGCCCUCGAUAUGUCUCUACCGCAGCGAUCGUGUUGAUGAAGUGCCUCUCGAGUCCAAGCAGCCGAACGAUCAAGUACGGGAUGAUGGCCAGCACAAAGAACAACCGUGUAAUGGGCUUGACGUUCGGUGUGAGAUCGUGGACGACGACAUUCUCGAACCCCGCAUCCUCGGCCAUCUUCUUGAACACACCGGGGUGUGAUAUAUCAUUUGUUGGCAUGGCGGCAUACUGGUUGAUCUUGCGCAUCGAGACUGCCAUGUCCUCUGGGGAGUCGGCCAUCAGAUCGUGGUCGUACUCGAAUUGGGCCAGCCGGCCGCCUGGCCGAAGGAUACGGUAGAACCCGGCGAGCACAGCUUUUGGGUCCGUGGCAUGGACAAAUGUUUCCAUCGUAUAAACCCCGUCAAGCGACUCAUCCGGCAGUUUCUCCAAGUGGUGAUAGUCCAUUUUCCGGACUGUGACAGUGCCUUCAGGCAGCCCUGAACGACCAAUGUUGCACUUGGCCUUGGCGAUGUGGUGAUCAACGACAUCGAUACCUGAGAUGCGCAAGCCAUGCGCUUUUGCCAUGUGCAAUGCGACAUGGCCCACGCCGCAGCCCGCAUCAAGAACCUCGGCGCCGCGGGGCAGAGCCAGUAGCUCAGCCAGCUUGUCUUCCAUUGCCCUCAGGGGCUUCGAUAGCGGGAAUGGCCAGUAUGUAUCAUGUUUCCAGUAUCCAAAAUGGCGGGUGCCUCCAAGUAGCAGGCGAUACCCAAUGCGGGACUCCAGCGAGGAGUAGUAGGAUUGCAGGUCAAUGUUGGCGUUAACCAGCGGCGUGGUCUCGGAAUCGGUCCCCAUGUUUGAUUCUAUACCAGGCUUAGGGGACUCUGGGAAUUUCGGGGCUCUGGUGAUGGAUGUUGGCAAGAAAACAAACGGAAAAAAUCACACAGCUGAAGUCGCCAGGAAAAGAGGUGCUGCUGCUGCCAAGCUUUACCGGGCGCCCGUCAAGGGACUCCCAACUGCAACCAAUCGUCGAUCGUUUAACUUGUUGCGGAUAAGCGCCUGGCCAAAAGACGGCGUGCAUUUCUGAAAAUAACUUUGGCAUAAAUUGGCAGCUUCAGCGACCUUUGCCAUUCUUUUGGUGCCUCAGCGCCUAUCACAACCACACAAGAGAAUCACUAACAAAUCGCCGUAUGCCACACUGAAUCGAGGUGCAUAGUGGCGUUCAGGAUUCAAUUGUGAAGUACUCCAACUGUUUUCAACAUCAAUUCAGGCCGAACAUGAUCGGCAAUAAUGAGAACACAAUGGGGACAGGGCUUCACUGCCUUUUUGCCUUGAUAUCUCAUCUUCCUUCUCCACAUCGUCGAAUCGGUUGGAUGUCGAAAUAACCUGUAUCCGACCUCGCAAAGGUGUCAUGGCUGAAUACUCCAUUUUGACAAACACCACGUACCUUUCCGAGCUUCGCUAUGGUUGGAUUCCAUCAGGGCAGGAUCGCGGGACUUUGGAUAUACUCUGGUCAUGCCUGAUUCACCGUGACGCUUUGUUGUUGGGUUGCAACUCAUCCCAAUGCCGGCUCUUCCAAAGACAAAGUCUACCACCCCUUUUAUCGAUAGAGCCCACCUGGCUAUGGUGGGCUUGCUGGGCCCGGAGUUCUUGUUGGCUAUUACACGGGGACAGUUCUCAAGCGCAAGACGGAGCUUUAGAGUAGCCUUCUCAUCAUCGACCAAUUUUUGUGUGAGACGCGAGACUGACGACACAUGCAGAAAUUCAGGACAGACAAGGUUACCAAAGGUGUGUAAUGGAACCUUACAUACGCCUUUUUUACGGACAUGGGAGGCAUGUCUCUUACCAGUCCUGACUAUCCGGAGGGGUUUCCCAUCAACGCAGAGCAGUUUCAUUAUCUCGUCAAGUACGGCCAUGUCGACUUUCCAGAUGUGGAACCGAUGAAACUUGGCGAGAGGAACGCUUCUGAUAAUCUGUUGCGGUAUGUGGCUACUUUAUCUGUUCACCGAAAAAAGCUAACUUUUACGGGUCCAGGUUCAUGACUUUGUGGCAAGCCAUUUGGUUCUAGGUUAUUGAGAUUCAACGUAUUGCGCAUGGCCUCCCAUGCCAACACUCGAGCUUACCGCCUUGUCAUAUGUAUACAUCCUGGUGGGGUGUCAGAUUUGCUGGUUCAAGAAGCCUUCCAUCUCAGUCCCAAUGCGCAUCCAAACCAAAGACGACGUAAAGAUUCAGCAGAUUCGAAUGUGGGCUAAGAAGCAUACCCAUCAUGAGCUCCCUGAAGACCCCCAAGCAUGGUACCGGACACCCGUGGAUUUCAUCAGUGGACCGCGAUGGCAAAUCGGCAUCCACUGGGCAUACUAUACCCGGUGGUUGGAAAUCCUCUGUGUUCCACUCUACAGUCGCCCCAUCAAAUCCAAGCUAUGGGACCCCUUUCCGUCUGACGAAUGGCUGCCAGCCGAGAAGGGUUCAAUACUUCUAUUUUUCUCUUUUAUACCCGUGGGAAUCAUAAUCUGGUUCUUUGCCGGCUGGGAAUUUUUCUUUGCAACACCUAUCGAGCAGAUCCUUUGGAGGGUAUGCGCCAGCUACCACGCCGUAUUCGGGGUGUAUGGUUAUACGUACUAUUAUACCGAAAUAUUCAAGUGGCGCAAGGCGAAGACGGAUUCCGACAAGCGUUGUCAGUAUGUGGAAGCUUCGCCGUCAGAGACGGAAGAAGCGGUAGUCAUGGGGGAGAAGACGGGCGACCCUGUCAAGAAUCUAACUCCUGUAACGGCUACGGAUAUCUCCCCGGACAGCAAGGACAAUACCAAAGCUGACAACAGCGACAUUGAAUCUCAGACACAGCCUGCCUCUGAGACGUCAAAGGAUGGGUAUCAUGCACCUUACACGCUACAAUGGCUUCCUCCUAUGACUAUCGCCGGGGUUCUUGGGUUCCUGCGGAACAACUCGGCAAACAGAGACCCCCAAAUGCGGCUUUCUUUACGCGUUCUCAUUCCAGUGUCGGUCAUCUGUGGGCUGUACAUUUUAUGA